UUAGUAAUUGUUCCGACCAGAGAGUUGGCGCAGCAGGUGAAGCGCCAUUUCGAUGAUCUUCGCACUGGUGUGCUCACUGUCUGUCUUGUCGGCGGACUCACCCCGAUCAAGCAGCUCCGACUGUUGCGGAAGCAGCCUGACAUCGUUGUCGGCACUCCUGGCCGAGUUGCACAGCUGUCUGGAUUGACCAAGCUGAAGAACGAAGAUGCAGACGCAGAAGUGUCGCCGUACCUGAAAAACGGUUAUCGCAAAUUGCAGUUUCUGGUCUUGGAUGAGGCAGACAGGUUGGUCGAAGCAGGACAUUUCCGCGAUUUGACUAGCAUUUUGGAUUAUUUGUACCGGGAGAACGAAUAUUACCAAAGGUCUGGAGCCGUGACCACAACGACAGACGACGACUUCGCAGAGUCUUUGGCGGUUGCACAAGGAAGUAAGACUAUUUGUACCACAUCUGCAAAGGCCGCUGAUGAUAAUGGUGACGUAACGACAGCUUCACUACACAAAUUGCAGACCAUGGUCUUCUCAGCUACGCUCUCAGACGCGGAACCACUGAUGCAGAAGGUGCAUUUUAGAGGUAAGGUUGCGACUGUAGACCUCUCCCGUCAGAAGACAGCACUUGCGUCGGCCACUGGCAGCAAGUUUCCGAAGUCUUUGACGUUUGAACAACUCUCAUUCUCAAAAGACGACGACAGAGACGCAUUGUUGUUUGCAUACGUCUUAGCGCAAAUUGCCAGUUUCAAGAAAGCUUCUAUUACAGCGACUAGUAGUUCUUCUUCGCAGCUUGGUGGUUCGAAACAAACUGAAAGUGGAGAAUCAACGACUUCUUCCGCUGCUGCCUCUCCUCAAGCGCAACGGCCAAAAGUAAUUGUUUUCACAAACGCGAUUUCCAUGGUUUACCGUUUAGCCUCAGUUUUCGGCUUGCUCCUCGGCUCAGAGGCUGGUCGCAGCAAAUUGGCGGGCAUCUUGCCCACUGGGAAGAAGCAAAGGAGUGAGCAUCCUCUGAAGUGUGACGUCUUCGCGAUGCAUAGCAACAUGGCGCAGAAAGAUCGACUAAAGAAGAUGGACCAAUUUAGGGCUAGUCAAGAGGGGGAUGCGAGUAUACUGAUCUGUACAGACCUGGCGGCACGCGGAUUGGAUGUUCCGGAUGUGAAUUUCGUCGUGCAUUAUCAGGUAUUCUUACAAGCGGACCAGCUUGUGACAUUGCAAGAUACAUAAUGACUUUUUUCUCAUGAAGAGAGAGAGUUUCUUGAAUUCUAAGGCCAAUGAUAUUGUUAUCUAAGUACCCUGGAAUGAAAUUGGUUGUACUUUGACGAGGUCUCUCUUACAUGAUGACACAAAUUGAGAUUUGGUUUUCCGUUUCUCAGACAUUCGCAGUAAAUGUCCGAUUAAUGCGACUACUGGCUAGUUGCAGAUGAAGGACAAAUUUUCCUUAGAUGUCUGAUACUAGAGACCAAAGAAGCACAGCCAAUUUGAAUUUUUGAUAUAGUUUACGCUACAGUGAUUCUCACUAAUAUUCCGUUUACAUCGAUUUAUUCUACGUUUACGCUGACAUUGGGUUUCUUCCAUGUAAAAAAGUGAGUAAGUACUCUCCCACACAGACAAAUUCUGAAACACAGGUUCCCCGAUCAGAAGAGCUAUUCGUGCACCGCACUGGGCGCACCGCUCGCGCAGGACGGGCUGGCACCGCGCUUUUAUUGAGGUCUGCAGGCGACGUCUCCAAGUGGGACCAAAUAACCUCAGGUCUAAACUUCAAACUGUCAUCUUCUUCCUCUAGUGCUAGCAAGAAUAGUCCCGCUGAACAGCUGAAUCCCCAACAAAGCAAGAACGAGGAACUAGUUUUCCCAGUACCGAUGCCGAGUGGCAAGCAGCUGAGCUCUCUGCGGCAAGUGCUUUCUUGGUGCAGCGAUUUGGAGCGUGACUUACAUUCUAAGAAGCGCGAAAAGCAGGAUGCUGACUGGUUUAAGAGGCACAGCGCUGAAUGCGAUCUGCAUUGGUCGGAUGAGGACGAGGACGAUGAAGACUUCAGAGGUGGUGGGAAAAGUGGAGCAGCGUCAAAUAGAGGUGGAAAGAAUGGGGGAGGAGCUUCUAAGAUUAACCCUGCAGCAUUGUAUAAUCAAAUGCGGCAGAAACUAGCGACACUGCUGAAAUCUGCUGCGGAAUUCUAAUUGGUUCCCUAAGAACAACAUAUGCUUAUGCCCGCAGUCACCAAUCCCCAUUAUACUUUGCAGAAGAUCAUUUUCAAUGAUUCGAACCUUCUAUUCUUUGCCAUGAGCAUGAGCAGGGGCCUCUCAAUCGUUGGACAUAAAGAUGUCUGCCUUUGAAAAAUUGAUGCUAGCGGCGUGUUCAAAGUUUGAAGAUUGACAGUCAGGCCAUGGGAGAUGUGGCUGAUAAAGAUCAGAUAGCCACAACUGCUAAUCAAAAGGAUGCAGGCGUAAGAUCAUUCGAUUAGAAUUUUAUUCCAC